AUGGACGUGGACAAGUUCCUGGCGGGGCUGCGUGUGCUCGCCGUCGACGACGACCGCGUCUGCCUCAAGCUGCUCGAGAAACAACUACAACAUUGCAAGUACGACGUGACAACGACGACGCACGCAGAGACGGCGCUGGAGAUGCUCAGGGCAAGGAAGGAUGCGGACCAGUUCGAUCUAGUGAUCAGUGACGUCCACAUGCCGGACAUGGACGGCUUCAAGCUCCUGGAGUUCAUCGGCCUUGAGAUGGAUAUCCCAGUCAUCAUGCUGUCUGCGAACGAGGAGAUGGAGACAAUGAUGAAGGGGAUAAAGCAUGGUGCUUGUGACUAUUUCGUGAAGCCAGUGCGCCUCGAACAGCUUAGGAUCAUAUGGAUGCAUGUGGUCAAGAGGAGUAAGAAUGAUCCAAGGAACCGCAUAAGUGGCGACGACGAUGAUGCCGGUCAUAAGCAUCAAUCUGGGGACGUUGAGAGCGAGGAGGAUGGUGCAAACGGCACCAGGAAGUAUUCGAGGAAGAAGAAAAAGGAUGGAGAUGGUCCUGAAGAGGACAGGGAGAACACAUACUCAUCAACCCAGAAGAGGCGAAGGAUCCAGUGGUCAGGUCAGCUACACCACAAGUUUGUUGAAGUCGUCAACCAGAUUGGCGUUGAUAGGGCUGUUCCAAAGAAGAUAUUGGAAAUGAUGAAUGUGGAUGGCAUCAACAGAGAGAAUGUUUCAAGUCAUCUGCAGAAGUACCGUCUAGGCCUGAAAAAGCUCAGGCUUGGCACAUACAGGUCGUCUAAUCCAUCAGCUGAUGAACCGGGAACAUGGAGGAGAGACUGGAACCCUGCUUAUAUCAACAUGAAUGGACUGGAUGGUUUCAAGCAUCACUCUGAACACGGUAUACACUGUCCAUCAGCAUCCUUCGCUGGCUCUUCCAACUCAAGUAGCAAACCUUUUGCAAGGAUGAAUUCUCCAUCUGCGUUCGGAACGCACGGUUUGUUUCCCUCUCAGUCAGUUCAGCUCAUGAGCUCCCAGAGAAACUUGGGCGUUCCUCUGAAGGACAUGGGACCAGCUGGCCAUGGUGGCAACCUGCUCAAGGAUGCAGUGCAGGAUGCAAGUAAUUUCAUCUCUUCUGGAAACUCAUAUGCAAAUAUAUCGAAUGGUGGCCUUUCAGGUGCAAGCACAUGCUUCCCUUCUGGUCCUUCUGGCAGCUCUUUUGCAGAUAUACCAGAUUGCAUGGUGCUCGGCGCAAGCAAAUCUUUCCCUUCUGGUACUUCUGGCAAUUCAUUUGCAAACAUCUCAAAUGGCGGUACGCCAUUGGCCGCUGCAAGCAUCGGCUUUCAUUCGUCUCACUCUGGCAGAUCCUAUGCAAGCAUAUUGCGCGGCAAGAUGUUAGGGGCAAACAGAGGUAUUCCUUUCGAUUCCGACGACUCCUUUGAAAACAUAGGAAACGGCGAGAUGCUGGCUCCCCAAUUCGCUGGACUUAGCAGCUCCAGCAACUCAUGGAAAACUGUGGUGCCGCGGGAGUUUCCUGAUCUUGCUCACAAGGUUGUGACUUCUAGAGGUCCCUCACAGGGGAACAGCCUCAAGGUCAGCCAACUCUCAAGACUUGCAGCCACAUCUGGCCAGAUGCCAACUUCUGGAAAUGAAUUUCAAAACAAAAUGGCAGCACUCAUGAGGAAAAGCGCACCAGUGGCAGGUUUCGGUGAGCAGGUGGCACCACUCAACUUAGGGAGCAACACAAACUCUACUGCGAUGCCGAACGAUAGCUCUGCUCUGGGUAGUGCUUCAAGCAACAGAUAUGCAUUGCCAGACCAUCAGAUAGACAAUUUUGACAUGCAGACCCAGAUGCUGAAUGGUAGGAUUGCAAGUGGCAAUCUCCCUGAGAAGGAUGGCACAGUUGACCAGCAAGCUGUUGGUGAUCAACUGAAUAGCAAUGGAUCCCUCAUGGGAACAAGCGGCUUUUUUGAUGACUGGCUUGAUCAAGAUUUCCUCAAAUAUGGUGAUGCUUUCAUGGAUGGGGACUGGGAGUCGAUCAAGUAG